AUUCAUACAUAACCGCCCCAAAAAGAUAACUCCAACUCCAACCACUCUCCUUUCCUCCAUAUUAAUGUAUCUCUGUCUAUUUCAACUCUCGCAAGUUAAAUUUCAAUGGCAAAUACAGUCACUCCCGCCGGAAAAAAGAUGAAGCUUCACCACCGGCGCCACCGUAAGCCGCCGCUGCUACCUGGACUGCCGGACCACAUCGCGGAGACUUGUCUUGCUCGAGUUCGUCCCGAGGUAUUGUACUCGGUUUGUAAACUAUGGAGGAAUUUGAUUUAUUCGCCGAAUUUUUCGCCGUUCUUGUCGAUUUAUGUGCUGUUUGUAUCGAAUAGAGAUGCGGAUCGGAGUGAUUCGCUCGUGUUGAAGUCGUUCGAUCCGGUGUCGGAGAAGUGGAGGUCGGUGCCGGCGCUGCCGGAGGAUCCGCCGCUCCGGUUGCUCGUCCGGCAUCCGUUUUUUAUAUCGAGGAAUCUUCCGGUGCAGUCAGUGUCAGUUUCCGGUAGGUUAGUGGUUGUGGCGGCGACGACCGAAAAUUUCGCGCCGGCGCUUUUGUCGCCGGUUGUAUUUAAUCCGUUGACGAGGAGUUGGAGUAGCGCGCCGCCGUUAUCAGCUGCGCGGAGGUGGUGCGUGACCGGCGCGUGUGGGAACUCGGUCUAUGUAGCGAGCGGAGUCGGAUCGCAGUACAAUACCGAAGUCGCGCGAUCAGUCGAGAAAUUAUCGCAUUUCGAGCACUUCGACUCAAUAUGCGAUAAUUUCGAGAAAAAUUGGAAAUGGAGAAAGCUAGGGUUACUAAAAGACGGAAAAUUCAGCAGAGAAGCAAUUGAAGCUGUUUGUUACAGAGGCAAAUUAUGUAUGGUGAAUGUGAAAGGCGAUUACCGCAAAGAAGGCCUAGUUUACGACGUCGAAAACGACACGUGGCAGGAAAUGCCUGAGGGAAUGCUGGCAGGAUGGAGAGGUCCUGCAGCCUCAAUGAAGGAGGAAUGUUUAUUCGUAGUCGAUGAAUCAAAAGGCGCAUUGAUGAAGUACAAUUCGGAUGAUGAUCAUUGGGAGGAAGUGAUCGAAUUCGAGAAAUUGCAAGGAGCUGAGCAUAUGGCAGCGGAGGGAGGGAGAGUGUGUGUUGUUUGUAACGGCGGAAUUGACAUUGUUGUGGUGGAUGUUGUUGUGCAUCCGCCGAGAGUGUUUGUGGUGGAGACUCCGGAGGGAUUGCAGGCGAUGUCGAUUCAUGUUUUGCCGCGGAUGAGUUUGGAUCAUUCGAAUUCGUUGCAAGGUCUUGAUUCUGUUUAAUGAUUUUUCGAUGAACGUAGGAAUUGAUUAGGUUUUUGAGUUUUUGUUUUGAAUCUGCAAAUAUACAGUAUACAGUAUAUACACAGAGGACAUAUGCACACUAUUUCAUUUGA